AUGACAGACCAGAAGCCAAAGAUACCUGUCACGGUGGACUUGCUCAGUGAGGACGAAGUUGACCAGAGCUUCCAUGAGAAGCACAGGACAACUUUGAUCUUUGAGGUUGGUCCUCAGCGCAAGCCGUUUACAUUCUUCACCGAAGCGCUCUUUGAUCGCUCUCCCGUGAUUCACAGAAAGAUCAAGGACAACCAAGGGUCCGUCCCCGUUCCACGUGGCAAUACAACGGUUUGGGCAAUCUUCCAACAAUGGAUGCUUCAGGGUCGACUCUGCAAAAACUUGACAGACCUCAAAUGGGUGACCCUCGUGAAGCUAAAUCACUUUUCUGAAGUGUAUGCGAUCCACGCUCUUUCCAACGAUAUCAUCAUACACUUUCAUAGACGUCGACGGAUGCAGUUGGAAAACAUCGGCAAAAGGAUAGGGCUUCAUGUUGACGACGACGAGCAGGAAUCUAAGAAGCCAACGAACAACAGGAAGAAGAAACCUAUUCUGGAGCAGCAGGAGGUGCUUGAUCUCCUUCCGCAGAUCCCCAGAGAUCUGGAUACUAAGACGAAGCUUCAUAAGUACCUGGUGCACCAAUUCGCCUUCUCUCACCUUCAGUUGGUCCCAGAACUCCGGGCCAACGAUCUCAAAUCAUACUCGCUUCACUUCCUGUGGGACGUCCUCAAUGCUUUCAACACCGCCAUUGACAUCCACUUCUCUGACUGCAAGCCAAUAAAGCAAGUCUAUCUCGACGAAGAACAACCUCAACCCGAUUUCAGCACCUGCAACAGCGACCUCAUGAACCUGGUCGUACGGAGCGCGGCCGUCCUGCGCAAGGAACUCGGCAGGACACGCAAGGUUGAGAUCAGACAGAGUUUCUUCGGCGUCAAAAACUAG